AUGAGUUUAUUAAGGACGCAACAUCGGGCUCUGAAGCUUCAUGAAAUCAUCGAGGAACUGGAAAAUGACGAUGAUUCUCUAGUGCCAGAUUCUCUGAUCAUAUUUCCACCUGAAAAUUGUAAUGCGGACGUUACGGACGAAGAUUCGGGGGAUGAAAACAUAGUUUUGUUGCAUAAUUUACCUGGUACACAACUACGAGCCCAUGCAGAAAUUCACUAUGGUUCAUCAGAUAGUGAGGAGGAUGAUCUGCCACUACAUGAACUGGCAAAACGUCAGCGGAUUGACCGUGGUAGUACCAGUGGCAUGCAGCAAGACUCUCAAGUACCCACUACUUCAACACAGCCGACAGAACUAACAACUGUUGUCCCUAAAAACAAAAGUUACACUUGGGUAUCACGAAACAUUCAUCCAUCGUCGAAAACUUGGGAAGAUAAGCAAAGUGUGGCGUUGAAACAAACGCCUCUGUACUAUUUCGAAUGUCUGUUUGACUGUGAAAUUAUACAUUUAUUUGUGGAGUACACUAAUCUGUAUGCUACUCAGAAAAACAAAGCAGGAAAUGUGACAAAAGAAGAGAUGAAGUGUUUCUUCGGAAUAUUGCUAUUCAGUGGCUAUGUGGUAUUACCAAGAAGGCAAAUGUAUUGGGAAAAUGCUUCCGACUGUGGCAUGCCCAUAAUUUUCAAUGCUAUGUCCAGAGAUCGUUUCAACUUUAUUAUGGACAACUUACAUUGUUGUGACAACACAAAUUUACAACAAAAUGAUAAAUUUGCCAAGAUUCGACCGCUUUUAGAUGCAUUGAAUGCAAAGUUUUUGAAUUUUGCGCCUUUCGAGGAAAAUCAUAGUAUAGACGAAGCGAUGGUGCCUUACUACGGUGGUCACUCAUGUAAGCAAUUCAUACGUGGGAAACCCAUCAGAUGGGGAUAUAAAUUUUGGGUGGGUGCUACUCGUUUGGGAUAUGUCAACUGGUUCGAACCCUAUCAAGGACAUUCUGGAGAAGUCUUGAGCCAGUACAGAAAACUUGGAUUGGGAGUAAGCGUCAUUCUGCAGAGCGUAGCCACCGGAAUAUUAGAAACAUUUAGGAAGAAUCAGCGGAAACCUGGCCGUACGUCUGGUGCCUAUCUGGAGUCUUCACG